AUGUAUACUCCUCCUCGCAAUAACGCUGAGAGAUCCUGGCUCAAUGAUCAGUCGCCAGUACGAGGUGGUGUCAGGACACCUCCACAACGAUAUAAAACGCCAGAAAGCGGCACUCCCACAUUAAUAAAUCCAACGUCGACCUUAUUACAAGGACUCCUUAAGGAAGAACGAGCCAACCGUGGCUCACGAGGCAGCAUUUCAGAAGAUGGAGCUGAAAGUCCGCGAACACCAGACCGAAAUCGUUUACAGGAGGAUACCGCAUCAGAAAAGGCGCGCAAAGUCAGCCAGGCUGCUGCGGCUGCACAAUCUCAGUUGAAGGAGAUGGGAGUGCGGGAAAUGGAUCAGUACGUCUCCAAAAUGACAAAGCUGAACUUCGACCUGAAGUUGGAAAUAUUUCAUCGAACACAACAGAUGGGGACUCUGGAGAAGAAAUUAGAGCGGAUGGUAGAGAUGGAAGAAGAGCUGAAUCGCCUACAUGGAUUGGAGGAGGAAGUGGUGGAGCUACGGGCCAUCAACAAACAAAGCCAAGGCUUACGAGAUAUCAAUAGUCAACUUCGACAAGAGCUUGAAACAAAGGACAAAGCCGUUGAGGAAGCUGUGCAAUGGAUAUGCAAGCUUGAGGCAGAAAAUGAUCAACUAAAGACAAAUGGACGAACAUCCUCGUUGUCGAACAGACUGGUUCUUGACGGUCCCAGCGCUGCAACCCCCAAAGCCCAAAUCACAAUUGACAUCCCGGAAAGAACCUCGUCCAAGCGAGCGUCUUUCAUGUCCCCCGAGCUACGGCAGUUGAGCAAAGCUCCCUCAUUCCUUCGCGAUGAUAACGAGAGUACUGCUACUUUGCGCAGUCUCUACGCACCCGAGAAGAAUAAGUCCUACUCGGCACUGAGUCAACUCACCAAGUCAGAAAGCUUUCACACCAUGGCUGAAACUUUAGAACCUGGUUCCCCACGUCUUAGCGUUCUCAGCGAGUGCAGCGAGCUACACCCCUUCGAUACUCCGACAAAAUGGAAUGAGGCUGAUAGAUUGGAUAUUCCUAUUCGAAAGGCUUCAUCUACCAUCAGCGAAAGUAUGAACAGCUACGCUAGUCCGACAGAGCGUGAAGAAAGCAAAGAUGAUCAUAUCGAUCGCUGGAUCCAGGACCGAGAGGAGAAUACCCAGACUAUCAUCAGGAGGCGCCAGAAUCGGGCUUCUUCCGAUGCAUCCAAAGUUAGUGUGCCGAUGUUCACAGCCGACUUGUAUUCGAACAAGCCGCGCGGGCGUGGACGUCUAGAUGCGUCGCUAUUUGGAGGCGCCCGACUCCCUCCAACUCCUGACACUAUGAGUACGGCCUAUGUCACCGCUAACAACGGCUCAAAUGGGAGCAUUGCAGCUCGAAAAAGUCCAAAGCAAGAAGGUGAUACAUGGUUUGCUGGCCGGCCACUCGAACGCCGUCGCUCUGCCGACGAAGUCACCGGCCGACCUAGCUUCACUGGAAGUGACAUUACGGACAGUAUGCAGACAAACUGCAGUGACACGCCUCGCGUUUCUACGUCAAACGUCGAAUCGCCUACAUUCUUCCCGUUCAACACCGUUGCGUCGAAAGCGAACGAGCUACUUGGUCCAGGAAGCCCUAACAAUCCAGUUCUGGAUACUUUAAAUGACCCUUUCCGCCAGAACAGCAAUGAAGACGCACCUCCAUAUUUCUCCACGCCUGCUCAGAGCCCUGCGAAGACCGUCAUAUCGGAUUGUCAGACCGUUGCAUCACUCAGUGAUUCUCCCCCGCUCACACCCCAGGAUUGGAUCGCUGCUGCAAAGCAAGGUCCCCGAUCCCGAAAGGAGAGAGAGCGUGGUUUACGCAUUGAGCCUAGACCCACAGAACCUCACCACCUGGUAAUCAGCCAAGCUGCUUUCCACGAUGAUGAAAGCGUCGACUCCUUCGCCUUCGAACCAGAAGUUGCAGACGUCCCAACCCUUGACCUGGAAACUCUAGAUAUCCUAGAACAGCCCAUCGCCGAAGAGCCCACAUCACAAGUCCAAGCUUCCCCCGAGCCAGAACAAAAACGCCGACUAAGCUUCCGACCCCCCUUCUUCAGCCGGUCUCACAACGCCGCCUCUCGCCGUCUCCAAUCAUCACCAAUCGCGCCCGAUUUCGAAGACGACGAAGAAGACGGUGCGCCCUCACCCAUCAUUCCCAAAACAAGGAACGCGGUCGGCGUAAAUCGACGUCCCGUGUCUCAGAUUAUCGCCAACUCAAACGACAUCUAUUCGUCCAGUCUUCCGCUCAACGAAGGCCUAGGCGGUAGCUACGGCGGGCCUAGAGCCCUUCACCAAUCGUUCAUGGAGGCAAGAGAACCUUCCCACAGGGACUCGGCUACUCUAUCCGCUCGCCCCACCACUUCUCACAGCGUAGAACAUAAGCGUCGCAGUUCUCUUGGUAUCUUCGGCUGGAUGAAAGGUGUUGGUGGUAAGCGGUCUGAACCAGCUACUCCCGUCGUCACGGAUAGGUUCUCAGUCUCAGAGGCUGAAUCGAAAGAGAACCGCGCAUCAUCGCGUCUUGGUCAGGAUAAUGGCUUUGUUUAUGAGCGCUCUGAAACACCGGAUUCAAUGGAUGCGCCUGUUGGACGACCUCGUUCUGAAAUGACGAUGCGUUCUGAUGAUACUUCUCGUCGGCCGCGGUAUGUGGGGAGAAGAGCUCGCCGCGUGAAUUAA